ACCUAAGAGACUAAAAGAAAAAAGAAAAAAACAAAACGGAAGCUUCAUGACGAUUACCCGAGGGAGAAAUCCGGUUUAACCGCUGGAGACGGCGCGUAUAACAACACGCAUUUAAUUAACUCGUCUUCUUCUUCUUCUACUUCGUCUUCUUCUUCUUCUUCAACUCUGUUGAAAUGGAGACUCACACAGCAAGGGAGAUCUAGUACUAUUACAAGUUCCUCUCUCUCUCUCUCUCUCUCAAAUCACACUCUCUUUCAUUCAUGGCGACUCACCAUUCGACUCCUCUACAGCCCAACGGAAAGUCAAUGGAAAACUCAGAGUGGACGACGGAGGAGGAGGAGGAGGAAGAAGAUGACUUCAAGGAGUGUGUUGAAGAAUCGAAUGGUUCUUUAACGCCUGUGAUCAAUGAUACCUUGGAUUGGAAUGAUGUUGAGAAACAGAAGGUUGCGAUCAUGAGAGCUUUUGUUGAAAAGGAAGACUCCUCUGCUAAGGAUGUAGAUGACUUCAUGAUCCGAAGGUUUUUACGAGCUCGUGAUUUAGACAUAGAGAAGGCUUCUGCCAUGUUUCUGAAGUAUUUGAGCUGGAGAAGAUCUGCUAUUCCUAACGGAUUUAUAUCACCGUCAGAGAUAUCAACCAAUCUUUCUCACAACAAGCUGUUUAUGCAAGGUGUUGAUAAGAAGGGACGUCCAAUUAUAGUUGGCUAUGGUAACAGGCAUAAACAGGGAAACAUAGAAGAGUUUAUUCGUUAUGUAAUCUUUGUUCUAGAGCAAAUAAGUUCCAGGAUGCCAAGUGGGCAGGAAAAGUUUGUGUGUAUUGGUGACCUUCAAGGAUGGGGAUACUCUAACAGUGAUAUUCGUGGAUAUCGAGCAUCUCUACAAAUCUUGCAGGAUUGCUACCCUGAGAGGCUGGGCAAGUUGUAUAUUGUACAUGUUCCUUACAUAUUCAUGACAGCAUGGAAGAUGGUUUACCCUUUUAUUGACAAGAAAACCAAGAAGAAGAUAUGCUUUGUGGAGGACAAAAAGCUGAGAUCCACACUACUUAAUGACAUUGAUGAGAGCCAACUGCCUGAUGUAUAUGGAGGCAAGCUUUCACUAGUUCCAAUCCAAGACUGCUAAAUAAAUAACCAUCAACACAGUUGCAACGUAAACUGAUGCAAUCCCAAUCGCAAUCGCAAUCGCAAUCACUCACUAUCAAUCACUCACUCGUAACCCUUCUCUUUUUCUCUACCUUUCUUUUACUUUGUUUUCUAGUGCCUUAAGGUUUAAUAAAAGUAGUGUGUAAGCUUUGAAUUAACUCUAUUCUACUACAGAAGUUCUAUUUUAGAAAUCAUAUACUCUCCUAUCUAUUCUACUACUGAACUCUAAGAUUAGUUAUUCUUAUUGCGAUUUUAUGAAUAAUGGCUAUAGUUUAAUUUGGUUCCUAAAGUUUUCU